UAAGACGUGCUGUCUAGCCCUAGUCUCUAGAUAUCACAAGAAGCACGUUCACCAUGGGGAACAACAUUCUGAUGGCCGUCAUCCUUAUAUAUGUGACCGCGGCAAUAGCUACACAAGCCCGUGCAGGGAAGAAGGACCAGGCGAUUGCUGAGGGGGUGGAUACAGUAAGAAAAGCAGACAGUACCAGGAUUCUGAAUAAACGAGAGCUACGAGAGCUCGCCGCAAACUUCAGAGAGGCCAUGAUGAGAAAGCGGGGACUGUUUGACUGUGCCAACUACCAAGAAGAAUGUCACAUCUUCAAACAUUGCUGUGGAGAUUUCUUAUGCAGUCGAGCAAACGUCUUCGGUACAGGCAUCUGUUCGAUUGAGGUGUAGAUCAGCAAUAACAUUGUGAUUUAUUUAAAAAUGCGGCAAAUGAAACACUACGUGCAUAUGUCUAAUCCUAACUUGUCUUUGUCGCUGAGAUAAGAAAUUGGUUAUGCGGCCAGAGCAAAAGAAACGCAAGCAUAAAUGAUAUAUGGAUUAAAAUAGGAAUGCCAUGCGUGGUUUGUUUCCUUGUUUUUUUU